AUGAAUAACAAACUGGAACACAACUUUUCCUUGGUCCAUUAUUGGACUCAAAAGUGUGUCGGAGCUGAGCAGAAGUUGGCUUAUUUGACUCGGCAAGUUAACAAAGCUCGUUACCGAAAAGAGAAGCAAAGAAUUCAUGCCCAAAGAAGAAAGCACACAGCAAAGGAUUUGCAUAUGACAGAGGAGGAUGCUACGUACGAAUCUUUGAGCAUCCACAAAGGAGGCGACAACCAAGGCCAGGCAAUGUCUGUGGUUUUCAACCAAGGUUUUGAGAAAUUCCGACGGUUCGCUGCAGAUGUCCACAAAGAUAUUAACUGGGACGCCAUAACCCCGUCUACUGCAUAA